AUGGGCCCAGCGGCCGCUCGCCUUGUUGUGCUGCUGUGCUUUUUGCUUGCAGCCGGAGCUCGGUCGCAAGGCGAUGAUGAUGGCUAUUGCGACGGGUUGUCGGAAUCUCGUGCCGUCUCGACGACCGCUGAAGCUUCCGCUCUUGGAGCGGACCUUGCCCGUUGCCAGGGGCUCGAAUUCAUCGUGGCUUGGCAGGGAACCGUCAGCCUUAGCGAGCCCCUGCAGGUGGCGAACUCGACGACCCUGCAGAUCACGGGGGAAAGCAAGGAGCAGUCCGUUGUGAGUGGGGACGGGGACAUCACGCUCUUGGUUGCGUCCGAGCUGUCUGUGCUGUACCUCCAGGGCAUGGCGCUGACGGGAGGAUAUGGAGUCGACGGAGGAGCGGUGGCGGCCGUGGGGGCGUCGUCCGUGACGCUUGUGGACUGCGACGUCUACGGCAACAGGGUGACCUCGAACGGAGUACAGCAGAAGUUCUGCCGUUUUUUGGUGAAUGUGGGGUGUGACGUCCCGAUAGCCAUAUGGUAG